AUGUCCUCCAAUGAGGGACGCGACGAAGAAAGCACUGUGUACAAUGGCAAGCCUCAAGACGGGCAGGAGCCGCUGCACAUACUCGUGGCAGACUUGCAAGAGAAAAUGAUGACUAUGGAGACACGGCUGAAACGAUAUGAAGAUCAAGGACUUCGAAAGCGAUCAUCAACUUCGAGGCCUUCCCUCAAAGAAGCCCCUGUCUUUACAAGUAUGAUGUCGAUGGGAAUGGACUUGGACCCAAUGGACGAGGAAGAAGACGACGAAGACGAAGUUAGGGCCUUUCCACACAGUACAGUCUCAUUCCUCUUGCUCGCAAAAUGGCCACUGUGUGGGCACAGUCCACCUGAGGAUGCGCUAGAAUGCAGUCAACAAGGACAUGUCCUCAGAGCAAAGCAUCGAUCUCGUGACUAUAUGUGUCUUCCAUUUUGGUUAUCAUCGGGAAUUGUAGCAUUGCAAGCUGGGAUUUAUACUCUUGCGUUAUAUGAUGCAAUAGAUAUCACCAAUCCCAAAAACCCACUCAAAAUACCUGUCAAUGUAGAUCCCUUUACUCGCACUGCUGAGCUGAUUGCCGUUGUGAUCACGGUGUACACACAAAACAACAUUUUCCAGGGUCUCGA